UCUGGUGAAUUCACAUUGCUAAGUAUACGCAUGCAGCAUGCGAGCUUGAAUUAGAAAUUUGAUUAUUUUUCAAGAACACGUAAUAGUGUAAGAUCAGAAAAAUGACGAAAAUUAGAAAGGUAAAACGUAGAAAGAAAUAUCGUAUGAAUGUAAAUCGUAAACGAUUGCGAAAUAAACUGUCCAAGUUACCGACAAUAAAGUGUCCUCAAGUAAAAGAAUCGUGGGAGGCAAUAAAAUCUACGCGAACUAAUUUAAACCAAAUGGGAUUGGCAUAUGAUCCAAAUGAUGCUUUGAAGAUACCAAACUCAAAGAGAGAGCAUAUUGAAAAAGUUUUAAAACAGAAAGAUGACAAUGUUGAUGAGAAAUUACAAACUGAAGAGGAAGAUGUUGAAAUGACACCUAUAAAGGUACAUGUGGCACAACAACUCGAGGCAGAGGCAAAGGCACCGAGAAAAAGGAAGUUUAUGCUACCAAAUAGUCAGGUGUAUUUCCUUACUUACUUAAUGGAUAAGUACGGAGAAGAGUACAAGGCUAUGGCACUAGAUAAGAAAAAUUAUUAUCAAUACACAUGGAAGCAAAUACGUGCUAAAAUUAAAAUAUUCAAAGGCAUCCCUGAACAAUACAAUAAAUACCUUGAAAGCAAAAAUAAAAGUAACAUUAAUUAAUUUCUUAUACCGUUUAGAACAAAUAUAUUCCAUUUUUGAUACAAAUUUGUAUAUAAAGUAUUGCAGUAUAAAAUGAAUAUAUUAAUUAAUGCUUUUAUUUAGGUAAGUACAAAAACAGACAAGGCAAAAUAAUACUUAUUGUAUAAAACCACUGAUUUCUUUUAUAUCAUAUAUAUAUAUUAUGUGUAAUACUAUACAUUAUGAAUGAAUAAAAUAGAUUUAUGUUCCUAAA